AUGUAUAUUAGAGAAGUAAAGGACACUGACUUUGGAACCUACCGCUGCACUGUUGAGAACCCUGUAAGUCUAGGGGAAUACUGUGAAGUAAUUCUCCAACCAAAACCUCAGACCACAGGACCACCAAACAUGAACGUGACCACAGUGGUUGCUUCAGUCACAGACAUGGGAGGAGGCUCUCGUCACAUCCCUCAGACAGAAUCUCAGACCACAGGACCACCAAACACGGACGCAACCCCAGCGGUCGCUUCAGUCACAGACAUGGGAGGAGCCUCUCGUCACAUCCCUCAGACAGAAUCUCAGACCACAGGACCACCAAACAUGGAAGCAACCACAGUGGUCGCUUCAGUCACGAGAUCAGGAGUUUUAGGUCACGUCCCCAUGCCUAAACUUAACACAUCAUCAAAGUACUAUGCAGCUCGAGGUGAAAAUGUCACCCUUGAAUGUCAUUUCAUGGUUACUCCUGAGGAUUUGGAUCAGUUGACGAUCGAAUGGCUCUUUGGGCCGAGAUAUGGACAAGAUGACAAGGACCUCCUGAUCUCAUUUUUUGGAGAUGCAAAAUAUCACAAAAAUGGCAUCCAGGACAGGGUUCGUUUUUCCUCUCCAAAUCCCCAGGAUGGUGAUGCUUCAUUGAUGUUAAAUGACCUUGCGCUUACAGACACAGGUACUUACCAAUGUGCGAUCAAAGCAAUGACUCAAAUCCAAAGCAAGAAAUUUGUGCUGAAGGUUAUGGAGAAGCUACCUACACCAGUAUGUGGACUCUACGGUGAUGUUGAAGAGGGCAAAGAACUGAUUUUGACAUGCAGGAUCUCCCCAGACAUCCUACCCCGAAAGUUCAGAUGGGAAAGAAUGACUGGAAAUAGAAGGCUUCCUCAACCUGCAUCUUUCUAUGGACUUCAAGGUGACCUGUAUAUUAAAGAAGUAAAGAAAACUGACUUUGGAACCUACCGCUGCACUGUUGAGAACCCUGUAAGUAAAGGGGAAUACUGUGAAGUCAUUCUGACAACAGCAGUUCUUACUCCCAUCGCUGUCAGAGAGCGAGGACUCGAACCACACGUCAUCGCCCUGCCGGCACCAAACAGUGCAACAUCUGUCGUGAUAGCAGUAGCAGUGGUUACUUCAGCCAUGGUCAUCAUUGUCAUCAUCAUCACGGUCGUCGUCUUUGAAUACUGCAAAAGGAAUCCUCAUUGUGAAUUGACAGACGAACGUCCUCCCCGUCAAGAGAAGUGCAUUGCAGAUGCCGUGCCAAAGGGUGACCCUGAAUACAUCAGUCUUUACAAGAUGGGCCGAAAAAAGAUAAUAACUUGUGAAGGAGACAACCAAGGAAUUGAAAUUUCUGAAGAGUGGUAUGUCUAGUGUUUAUCCGAUCAUAUAAAGGUCGCAGCGGUUCCUUUGGAAACUCUGGUGAUGUUUUAUUAUAUACGAUAUAAUUGUGUUUUUCAGUCACAUUUGUUGGAUUUUGAAAGUGAUCGCGAUCUUCAGUUCACCUUUGUAGAAAGAGGAGUUUAUUUAAAGCAGAAUUUUCCAGUCUCAGUGUUUUCUGUAACAAUAAUAGAACAAUACUUAAGAAUCAACAUAACGACAGUACAUAGUGUAAUGUUUGCAUGUGUAGUAACGAACAUGGUUCACUAGUAUAACGGAAAAUCACUAAUUCUUCAUUUGU